UUAAGGUAAGUCCGAUAAGUCUACCUUCUCUCUCUCUCUCACACAAAACCCCUAUAUCUUAAUAAAAACAAUCUCUUUUAAUCCUUUUUUUUCUUUUUUUCCAUGGCUCACAAAAUUCACCAUUUCUCUUCCAUAUCUAAAAUUCUCCGUUUCGCUGUACAAAAUUGUGUUAUUGAAACAUUUGAUUAAAAAAGAACAUAUUGACAUUAUGGAUGAAGCUAUUGAUGAAGCUAUUGGUGAUGAGGUGAAUGGACUGGAUGCCAUUGAUGUUAGACAACUUCGAGGUAAGGAGAGUGACUAUACUUUGAGGUCUGGGAACUCCAAUAUGCUACAAUCACAUGAAGUGGUCACACUUGGUGAGGGUGAUCACUACCAAAGUACUCCCAAUUUGUUUACAGAUACUCUCGACGGAAAGAAUCUGGACAGGAUUGGAUCUUCAGAACAUGCAAGUGCUAGUCCCCAUUGUAUGAAUGAUACUGGAGUCAUGGUUGAAGAAUUGACGCUGAGAAACUACAAUGGGAAAAACUUGGCUGUAGUUGGUACCUUGGGUAAUAAGGAACCAAUGCAGAUUAGGCCAAACCAGUGGUUUUAUCAGCUAGCAGGUGGAUCUGCAUGCGCAAGCUCACAUGGGGAAGCUGCCUAUAGAGACAGGUGUAGGACAUCAUCAGGUCUCUGGGAGGAAGAGGGAGAUACAUUGUUUACCGGACUUCUGAAUCAGAAUCAGAAUCAGAAAACAUUAAAUGAAAGUCAUAAUCUAGACGGUGAAAAUUUGCAGAAUAAUGGUGAUAAAGCUGUUUCGAAUAGUGUAUUACCCUCUUCCGAGGGUAUCCGGACCAAGAUUUUAUCCAAGUCAGGAUUUUCUGAGUAUAUUGUGAAAAGCACAUUGAAAGGCAAAGGAGUCAUAUGCAAAACACAGUUACCCCGAAUAUCUGCUAGUGAGUCUCAAGGCCAGAUUCAUCGGCAGCGUCCUAAUGCUUCUUCCACCAUUGCAACUGUGGAUGCAUUUGUGUCACCUUUUCAAGGUAUCGCUGAAAUGGGCUGCAGUGUUAAUCCCAAUGGCUAUCAAGAUGGAAUCGGUUUAAGAGAACGGCUGAAAGCUGGGGUAUAUAAAUUGAACAAAGAUGAAGGCUUGUAUAUCUUCAAACAAGUUGUGGCUUUGGUGGAUUUUGCUCACUCUCAAGGAAUUAUCGUACAAGACUUGCGUCCAUCUUGCUUUAAAUUAUUGCACUCAAACCAAGUUGUAUAUAUUGGAGCAUCUGUACGCACUCAGUUGACUGAAGGUGUUUCCCAGUCAGAGCAUAAUCAGAAAGAGAGAAGUUCAGCCGGGAAAACCAUUUCUUCCUUGAUCGAUCCUUGUGUAAAGAAGCAAAAACUUAGUGAAGACACGCACCUGAAGAGGAAGUGGCCUCAAUACCCCUUCAACUCAGGCCAUAAAUCUGCUUGCACAAACACUAAAUUAAAUGCUGCACAAGGGUAUGGAGAUGAUUCAAAUGAAAAGGAUUGCCUCAAGACAGAACCGAACGCCCCGAGCAAAUUUAGAAAGCCCCAGCUAUCCAUUAUGUCAAAACCAUUGCUGACUUCCACGAGCCUUAAGCUGGAGGAGAAGUGGUACACCAGUCCUGAGCAGUUCAGUGAAGGUGGCUGCACAUUUUCAUCAAACAUCUACUGCCUAGGGGUUCUUCUCUUUGAGUUGCUUAGCUCAUUUGACUGUGAAAGGUCUCAUGCUGCUGCAAUGCUGGAUCUUCGCCAUAGGAUUCUUCCCUCUUGUUUCCUAUCAGAGCAUCCCAAAGAAGCUGGAUUUUGUCUUUGGCUGCUUCAUCCAGAACCUUCAGCACGUCCAUCAACAAGGGAAAUCUUACAGUCUGAAGUUAUUGCUGGGAUUAAAGAGUUACCUGGAGAUAUAUCACUGUCAUCUAUUCACGAAGAGGAAUCUGAGUCGGAGUUAUUAUUGGACUUCCUCAUGUCACUGAAAGAUCUAAAGCAAAAAAAUGUGACGAAGUUAGUGGAAGAACUCAAAUGUAUAGAAGCAGAUGUCCAAGAGGUUCAGAGGCGGCAAAGAAGCAAAGCCUCUUUUCCGUCUUCACACCAGGAAUCUCUUGUUUCAUGGGAGAACAGGUUUAUUCAGAAAGGAGCAUCAAGUUCAGAUGUGUAUCCGAAGCUUCCGCCUAUAUGUGAGAAUGAAACUAGAUUGAUCAAGAAUAUCAGGCAGCUUGAGAGUGCUUACUUCUCCAUGAGAUCCAAUAUUCAGCCUUCUGAUGAUGUUGCCAUGGUCCGUAGAACUGAAGAAAUUUUUAACAAUCAGGAGAACUUUGUCUUGACAGGAAACGAUAAAGAGAAGUAUAGACCCACAGAUCGGGUUGGGGAAUUUUUUGAUGGCUUAUGCAAGUAUGGUCGGUAUAGCAAGUUCAGAGUAAGGGGAAUGUUAAGAAAUGCAGAUCUGAAUAAUUCUGCAAAUGUCAUUUGUUCUCUAAGCUUUGACAGGGAUGAGGAAUAUUUAGCUGCUGGCGGGGUGUCGAAGAAAAUUAAAGUAUUUGAGUAUCAGGCCCUCUUUAAUGAUUCUGUUGACAUUCAUUACCCAAUUAUCGAGAUGCCAAACAAAUCUAAGCUCAGCUGUAUUUGCUGGAACAACUAUAUCAGGAACUAUCUAGCUGCCACUGACUAUGAUGGUGCGGUUAAGUUAUGGGAUGUGUCUACCGGUCAAGCUUUUUCGCAUUUGACUGAGCAUAAUGAAAGGGCAUGGUCUGUAGAUUUUUCUCGCGUGGAUCCCACAAAGUUAGUCAGUGGAAGUGACGAUCAUUUGGUGAAACUUUGGAGCAUCAACGAGAAGAACAGUGUGUGCACGAUCAGAAAUAAAGCAAAUGUUUGCUGUGUUCAGUUUUCCCCUGACUCCAGUCAUUUUCUGGCUUAUAGCUCUGCUGAUUACAAGACUUACUGCUAUGAUCUUCGUAAUACCUCAGUUCCUUGGUGUAUAUUAGCUGGCCAUGAGAAAGCUGUUAGUUAUGCAAAAUUUUUGGAUGCUGAAACGCUCAUUUCUGCAUCCACUGACAACAGUCUGAAGAUAUGGGAUCUCAAUAAAACCAACUCAAGUGGCUAUUCGGCCGAUUCUUGUGUCUUAACCCUGAAAGGGCACACCAACGAGAAGAAUUUUGUGGGAUUAUCUGUGAACAAUGGAUACAUAACCUGCGGGUCAGAAACAAAUGAGAUAGGACCUAAUAGGAAAGGAAGGUUGAGGUGUAAAGGUUGAUCCUUACUACAGUUGCAUACAGUUGACAUUGAUAGUGUUGAUUUGUUUGAUCAACUUACUGGCUGUCCUACAUUUUAGUUUCCUUGCAAAGUACCGUAAAACUGAGGUCUUAGUCUUCUUCUGUGUCCUUGCAGAAGAAACACAUCUGCUAGAAUUUUCGUCAUUGGCAACCAUUUUUCGCUUUAGAAAAGAGAAGUUAUUUAACUCACCUUCUGCAUUGAGUUAAAGGAGCCAUAUGUGAAAGAGAUUCUUAUAUGUAGUUUUUAAGCAAUGGACCUUCAUGCUGAGAACACAGAAUUUGCGAAUAGUACUACAGUCUGUAUGUAUCAUAUUUUACCCCGAAAAAUCCUAAUUCAGCUCCACGUAAGAUAGUCAGUGUAAGGUUGAGCAAUCGACAUGAUAUAUUUGUUCAUAUCUAUUGCACCAUCUUGUUAUAUUAUGACUAAUUGUCGUGGUAGACUAGAUUUCCUCGACAUUUCCUUGUCCCAAAGCUGCCUUUGGUUGCUAAGAAAGGAAAAAGAAAGUGUUGGAAAUUAACGUUCUUGCAUUUUCGUCCAUCUGAAGAAAGUGCAGAAAGCAGUUGAACACUUCAAAAAAUUCCUCCAAAUUAUGUCUUGCCAAACGUGUACACAACUUGAACUGUCAAACAUGCAUGCAGAAAAUUAUAUUUUUUCCCGUUACUUCUGCUUUGCUGUAGUUCUUUCAACAACAACAGCAUACCCAGUGUAAUCCCACAAGUGGGGUUUGGGGAGGGUAGGAUGUCCGCAGACCUUACCCCUACCUUUGUGGCAGAGAGGCUGUUUCCGAUAGACCCUCGGCUCAAAAGAAGUAAAAUCAAAGCAGGAGUGAAAGGAAAAUAGUGACAAAAUUCUUUCAAGAUAUUAAUUUUCCGACAACUUCUUUGACAUCCAAACAAAGUGAAAUGGAUAAACAUACAGAAAACAGAGA